UGUAUCGGCAAAAGUCAAGAAAGGUGCGUGAAAGAAGGCGAAGCAAUGAAAAUGUCAACAGCUGAGUGGCAACAGGUUCUGAAAGAGGGGACGCUGGAGAUGAGAAGUGACAAUCUGUUCCAGUGCUGGAGGAGAAAAGCGUGCGUUCUGACCCCAGACAGCCUGUGCCUUUAUGCGGACGGCCAGAGGCGGACCGGGGCCAAGGAGCUGAAACUACAGACUAUUAAAAAAGUCGACUGCGUCGAGAGGAUUGGGAAAUUUGUGUACUUUACCGUUGUCACAACGAACAACAAAGAAAUUGAUUUCAGAUGUUUAGAUGAGGAUCGCUGGAAUGCUGUGAUCACGAUGGCUUUGAUAGAUUUUCAAAACAAGAGAGCAAUUCAGAACUUCAGGACGCGUCAAUCUGUUGGUACUGGUACUAGUUUAACAUUACACUGCUAA